AUGGGGAUGUUCAGGAGACGUAGUAAUACAGCAGCUACUACAUUAUCCAGCAAAGACAAUAGAACAAGGCUAUAUUCCACGUCUAAUGAUGUUUUACCACAAUCACUAACAAUUUCAAGGUCAUUAGGUUAUGAUAGUUCCGACCCUGCUCCUUCGAUCACGUCUACUCCGCCCAAUAUUAAUGCGUUACAGAAGUUAGCUGGUGUUGGAUUCCAGUCGAUUCUCUCAAACCAGGAUUUAAGAAGAAGCAGGAAUUCGGUUAAUUCUGAGGUACGGCCGAAUAAUAGACCAAGCCAAGAUAUAAUACAACCAAUUGAUUCUAAUAAUGUCACCUUCAAGAAGCAGAAUAACGGUAUUGAUAAAAGCUCCUUACAGAUUAAUGCUUCUAAUCUAUCACUUGAUUUACAUUCACCGAUAAAGUCCGACGUUGCUGUUAAUAGAACAUUGGUUCGUCCAGAGCAUGCACCAAAAAAGAAGCCCUCAUUAAAGCAGGCUACCAGACGAUUGUUGCAUAUAAGAGGCUCAUCUAGGAAGUAUAAGGAUAAUGAUAUUCAGCAGAGCUCUUUUGGGAAGUUUCUGUUUUCACCGCAUGGAAAGAAUCACAGGUCGCAUACCACAUCCAACACAUUGGAUCCUAAUAGAUCUACCUUUUCAGUUAAGAGCCAGCUUUCAAAUGUGAGUGAUGGAUCAAUGAAGUUACCCCAGGAAUCAGCUUUUGAUACUACGGAAACUCAAAUGUUAUACGAUCUCAUAAAGAGCAUGUCCAGUUUAGAAUCCAGUUUCAAUCAGUUUACUGCACAGGAGCAAGACGCUCUUCUAGGAAACAUUUGGGGAUUAUAUUGCAAUAUAUUGCUCUCUGUGUUCAGACACCAAGGGGUCUGGCAGCUUCCUGCCAAAAUCGAAGAUAUCAACCGUGUAUUUAAGUUCUACAUUAGGAUCAAACAGGAAGGAAAGACUUUCUGCCAAGGUUCUAAGUUCUUAACUGAGAUUCAAGACUGUCUACGAAACGCAUUAUACAUUCUGGAGACACAGGUUAUCUAUGCUCAUUUUAAUACAGAGGCCAUCCAGGGUGGGAUCAAACGCCUAUGUGCUACGUGGGACUUGUUCUACGGGUACGUUCUAGGCGAUGCAAUGGCUGUAUUAGCCCCUCUAGAGGUAAGUUUCCGCUACAAUCCAAAGUAUUGGCGCGCGAACCAAGAAGAUAGAAUUUUAAGUGUAAACCAAUUGCUUUUCCAAAUGUUUAGGGACGCUGUUGUCAUACCGAGUUACCAAUCGUUGCUUGACCGUCCCGAGGGCAACAGUAAAGCCUUCCAAGCAUAUAUAACUGAGGAAGAGGAAAAAAACGGCGUUACUCAAGCAGAUAAGUUAACACUGAUACAAUGCUUUGGUCUACUGGCUUCGAUACAUAAUAAUGAUGCGAACGAAAAAAUCGUUAGUGAUUUACUACUUGGCGUACGCAUGAGUAUGUAG